AUGCCUCCAACCCGUUCAGAAUUUGACCCGUUAGGCAAUCACAAGAAAUUCCACUUUCUGUUCGAUUAUAGAGCCAGCCGAAACGGAAAUCUAGAUAUAGUUGGACCCGUUCGAUCUCUUCCAUCCACCGGUAACGAAUUGGAGUGGAAAUAUAAAGAAACACCAGAACCAGAACUAAUCACCGCUCUCAGUAAACAGAUGGAUUCCGUUUUUCUUUUGAUGAACAUCGCAUUUCCUCGACAUGCAAAUCAAUUCUCUUUACGAUGUACACACAAGAUCGAUCGAUUCUAUUGUCACAUCAAAGCUACAAUUUUGGCCGACAGCAUCCGAAUAAUGGGUAGUAUGGAUCGAAUGAUCAAACAAAUGACCGAGUUACUGAUGAAAUUCACUGCUCCAGGCACUCUGAUUGGGGUUGAAACACGAAUCCGUAUUGAAUUGGUUGAACCCGGUAAGUGA